CCCCCCCCCCCCCCCGUUUCUAAUGUUUUUGCAUGGAGGUGACAUGCAUCCGAAGAAUUUUCUUUUUCCUUUCCUUUUGCUUUCUUUUUGUCGCCCCUUAUGCUGGGAGAAAUGCAGGGUGUUAUAGCUGGUUAGCGUUUGACGGAUCACUUAUUUCUCAUACUUUCUCAAGUCUGCUCUCCAUCUUUCAGCGCCUGUACCUCCAAAUUUUAGUAGGUACUCUAUAAGACAUCCUAUACACAUAACGUCUUAAUGACACUACGAUCGAUCAAUCCGAGCUUUUUCAUGGAUCCCCGCCCAGGGUCUGUCCUGAGUCUUCAGCUUCUUCAUUUUACUCAUCACUCAUAUUUCUUUCCGAAUCAUCGUAUAUCUCUUGUAUAUGAUAUCUCGUCUAACGAUUGAACGGGCCAACCUGCCAUAGCCGUUACUCUGUCAUAUAUGGUGAGCCGAAUAGUGUUACCACUACUGGAUGCACACCCCAGAACGAGGCUACCAUUCCUAGGUCAUCGACGAUCAUGCCCGCUUGUGAUUAUGGGAAUGUGACUCGGUGAGCAUUCUUCUAAAGCAUCACGUGCAAAUGCUGAGGCUGCUCGAGUUAGACAGUGACUACCUGCAUCCGAGCCCUGGACGAGUAGCGCUUUGACAACAGCAGUAGUUUCAGUCUCACUUACUAUAUCGGCCUAAACGCAGAUCUUCACCUAGCUCGAGGUUGCAGCAUGCACUUGUUUUAUGUACUUACAGAACCAAGUCAUUGGACUGUGACCUCGAUUGUGGCGGAACAUUAGUAGCCUGCUAUUCGCGCCCCGGUUGAGG